GCUUUCUACAUAAACCCCAGCUGGUCCUCUUCGUUCUGUUUCCUACUGCAUCUUCCCGUCUUAUACCCGUGCGCCUGCCUCCCUCUUUGUCCCUUGCAAGAUGCGUUUCUCUAUCAUCGCAGUCAUCGCUGCACUGACCUCCUUGAGCACCGCGCAGAGCCUUCUAGAUCAAUUGCCCCAGUGCGCCCGAACAUGCGUGGGCCAGAACUUCGGCGGUUGCAAGACGCUUGACAUCGCCUGCAUAUGCGGUAAUUCAGACCUGAUCUCGAACUUGUCCUGCUGCGUUUCUAAGAGCUGCGACGCCGACGAUACCAAGACAACCAUUGAAUUCGCGGCACAACUUUGCAAAACGUACAACAUCAUCGUUCCUUCAGUUGCCUCUUGCGCGUCCUCAGCUUCCGCCACGGGUACACCGUCUAGCACUGCUUCAGGAGCUAGCGCAAGCUCAGUAGCCAGCGCUUCCAGCGCGUCCAGCGCGGCCAGUGAAUCCUCAUCCGUUGCGGCCAAGAUUUCCUCCGCGGCCUCCGCCGCGACAGCUUCUCCCGCAUCUGCUACAGCCAGCAGCACAGGCAUCGCUGCUGUCAACAACGUCGGAAUGGGAGUUGGCAUGGGUGCUGCCGUCGCGGGUCUCUUUGCCAUGCUAUAGCUUUGGUUCAAGCUGCUGGAGCAUGACCUACAUGGGAGGGUUGUGAUUGGGCGUGGUAUUCACGAAGUUAUGGUUGCUAUCGGGCGGUAUUUACCCGUUUUAGCA